CAACUCUGUAACGCGUUCGGGGAGUUUUUCAUAUGGGAGCUGAAUUCUAUGUCAGCUGCUUCUGUGUGAAGUUCAUUUUUCCCCAUUGUGUUUCAUUUCAGCUUGGUUUCGUUUUCUUUAAAUCUUUUUCGCUUAUUUUUUUUUUUACGUUUGCCUACAACGAAAUCAAGUUUUUAUAUCAUAAUUAAAAAGUAAACAAGCAAGCAAAUUACCGCUGAAGUUUAAUAUACUCAAGCAGUAUUCCUGAAUGUAAUUUACAAUAAAUGCCAACCUAGUAGUUGUGGUUUUUAUAUGAUGUGAAUUAUAUUUCUGGUGAUAUUUAUGAUCCUACAAUGUGAAAUCGAAUUCUCAUAUCGUGAUGUCACAAAAGUGAUUACCAUGUGUUUCCAACAGUGAUGUGUAUGAUUAAAAAACAAUCUUUUUGGGAUUCUCUCAAAUUUGAUUUCUAAAAAUGGUAUUAGUUGUUAAGUGUACUGUUUAAUUUUUAUUAAAAUGAGGACCACAGGAAUGGUAUGUUGGAAUGCACCGAUUGAAGUAGACUGGAUGGAUAUUCGCCAACAACUGAAUGAACAACUGAAAUGCCUGGAUACACGAGUGGAAACACAAGUAAACUUGGUGGCUGAAAUUCAGGACUACUUCAGACGGAGAGCUGAAGUAGAACUGGAAUAUUCCAAAUCGCUGGAGAAAUUGGCCAAAGGACUCUCACUGAGACAUAAAGCUGAAAAACAAAAGCGUGAGCAGUGGCAUUUAUUUUCAUCGUAUGCUUGUUGGCAACAUUUAGUGUCCACAACUAGGAGGCAAAGUCGAGACCAUGCAGCGAUCAGCGAGAUAUAUAACAACACUAUCAUCAAUAGGAUGACAUGCAUCAUGGAAGAUGUGCAGCGCAUUUACAAAAGAUGCCGAGAUGUUGGUAUUGAAAUUCAUGAUGAACUUCUGAAGGUUUUGCAUGAAUUACAUACUACCAUGAAAACUUAUUAUACUUAUCACAAUGAGGAGAAGCAAGCGGAGAGUAAAUUAAGUUAUGUAGAAGCUCAAAGGGGUAAACUAGAACAAACCAUUCCCAAAGAAAAACUGCAACGCUCCAAAAAGUUCCGCCUUAUUGAAAAAGAAAUUCAAAAGCGCCGAUUAAAAUACAAUGAUGCAAAGCUGAAAGCAUUGAAGGCUCGAAAUGAUUAUUUAUUAUGUAUGGAUGCUAGCAAUGCUGCUAUUCACAAGUAUUUUGUGGAUGAUUUAUCUGAUAUUAUUGAUUGUAUGGAUUUCGGUUUUCACACAUCCAUUGCUCACACUCUAAUGGUUUCCAUUAAUGCUGAAGAGUGCCUUAAGAAAUCGAAGCAGGCGAGCAUCGAUGGUCUUAACAAGUGCAUUACAAAUCUAGAUUCUCGUGUAGACAAGCAGAGAUUCCUUGAAUACAACAACUCUGCGUUCAUGGUGCCAAAGAAAUUUGACUUCCAACCCCACAAAGGAGACGAGGUAACACAAAUUAGUGUAGAAAAACCAAUCCAAGAAGAGUUGGAACAAAGGUAUAAACUUGUGAACAAUCGCCUUACCUCACUGAAGACAGAAAGUGAAGAGAUCUGGAAAACUUUAGAAACAGCAGAAAAAACUUUAUUGGAAAUGAUUAGCAUUAAAGAUUUUGACUGCACCAUUCUAUUUGAAGAAGACGGGUCAAGCAGGAAUGGUUUAAAACAACCAGAAACACUGGCUUUGAAACGUAGAGCAGACAAGCAAGAGACUGAAGACUUUUAUUUAAAUAAAUUCUCUCAAUACAUCAUGACAAACAAUCUGAUUGCCCGACUUCAAGCUAAAUCUGAUGUUAUUCGCCAAGGUCUUGGAAUAGAAGGGGAUGAAGUUCCAGUUUUGCCAGGCGGUGCAUCUCCACACAUUGCACAAAGACCGCACAAUCUUCCUCAGAGGCUGAGGAAAAAACGCAUUGGCCGCACACCUUUGGUGGGUCAACCCAAACUCUUCGGUGGAAGCUUGGAGGAAUACCUUGAAGCAGUUAAUCAGGAAAUACCGUUGAUAAUCAGAAGUUGCAUAAGAGUAAUCAAUUUAUAUGGAUUGCACCAUCAAGGUAUAUUCAGAGUAUCGGGCUCUCAAGUGGAAAUAAAUAAUUUCCGGGAAACUUUUGAGAGAGGAGAAGAUCCUUUAGCUGAUGUCUCAGAUGCAAGUGAUAUUAAUUCAGUUGGAGGUGUUCUUAAACUUUAUCUAAGAGAACUACGUGAACCUCUUUUUCCAAUCUUUUAUUUUGAUCAGCUUGUUGAUAUAUCUCAAGUGGAGUCAAAGAAAGAGUUCAUCUAUAGAGUUAGAGAUGUUGUGAAUAAUUUACCUCGAUCAGUUGUCAUUGUUCUCAGAUAUUUAUUUGCAUUCCUUAAUCACUUAUCAGAAUUCAGUGAUGAAAAUAUGAUGGAUCCGUACAACCUGGCAAUCUGCUUUGGUCCUACUCUUCUACCCAUUCCUGAGGACAAAGAUCAGGUUCAAUAUCAGAACCUAGUAAAUGAGCUUAUAAAGAACAUCAUCAUAUAUCAAGAAGAAAUAUUCCCAGAUGAUGGUGGUAUAGUCUAUGAAAAGUACAUUAGCACAAAUGUCCCUGAUGAAAAUGAUGUUGGUGAUUCACCUCCUGAUCCUGUAUCAGAAUUAGCAGAUGAUUCAGAAGUUGAUACUGUGCAGAGUGAAGAUGAUGCUGUAUUCCCUGAGCAAGAGAUAGCCUUCAAUUUAUUUGGCAAAACUGAAGUGAUGGAAGCUGUUGCACAAUUUGAUUUCAAUGCUCGCUCUCAGAGAGAACUAUCUUUCAAGAAAGGCGAUACCCUACUGUUGCAGAAUCAAGUCUCAAAUGAUUGGUGGAAAGGAAGCUUCCUUGGACGAGAGGGUCUCAUUCCUGAUAAAUAUAUCCUCUUAAAAAUUAGAGAUGAGGAUAGAGAUAAGAGUAGCAUGGAUGGCAGUGAAAAGCGACGGACAAGCAGCAGUAGCGAUUCCCUCUCUGGCAUCAGUCACAGUCCCAAGUCUUUAUCUACCUCUGGAGCUCUUGAAGACUGCAGCUCAACUUCUUCCUUGGAUCGAAGAAGCUUGAGCAGCCUGCAUCCCCAGACUCCAGAAUGGGAGCUUAACCAGCCUUUCCCUACCAAGACGGAAGUGACCAGUAUAGAGACUAGUUUAUUGGACAGUGAUAAACUCCCAGAUCCUCCAGACCUGGGUGCCAUUCACGGCAUCGAUCGAGAGACCGACAUUAUCGACACCCACACCCCUCAUAUUUAUGAUGAAAACAACAGGAGACCAAAGAAAGCUUGCAAGGAUGCUCCAGAUCUAGUGUUAGAUCUUCCUAUCAAUUUGCCUAGUCCAGUUUCUAGUGCCAAAAGUGGUUCAAAUAAUUCACCCGAUGACAAUUCUCUACUAAGUCCAGGAAGCAACACAGACAGUCCAGAGUUGACUGCAGCUGAAAGAUUUGCCAAAUCUAAUCAGUGCACAAUGAAGAAGGGGACCAUGUCUCGCAGUGCGAGUCAUGUGACAGGUCCUCAGUCUCUUGAUGCACAAACUCAGACAUUCUAUGCAGUGCGGCGUAGUGCCAGCACCGGUGACAAUUUAGGACCUGCGUCACCAGAUUUGACGCUGGAUUCCAAAGAUAAACCCACUUGUGACGCACAAUCUGAACAAAUAUCUUCCCCGCUAGUGAAUACAAAUGGUAAUGUUAAGGUCGAAACUGUUGAACUGAGCUGGGUAAAAAUGGAUAAAAUGAACAAUGAACUAAAGAACAAAGAUUCUCCAAACAGAGUGGAAACCACCAUAAGCACUGGUGGUGUGUCUUCCUUUAAACCACCUGUUAAAAGCAAACCACCUCCUGUUAUGAAAAAACCUAACCGUGCUGAGUUGAAAGCACAAGAAGUGUACCAGCAAACCGCAUGCUAAUAUUUUUCAGUUCAUAUUGAAUUACUUGCGCUGAAUUGUGAGAACGCAAUUCAUAUAAUAGAUAAAGUCAACUUAAAUACAGCUAUUUUAGGUAAUAUUUUCUCAAAUUCUUUACUAAUAAAAUAUAGAUAAGUUGAGUGGUGAAUAUAUCAUUACUAUUGAAAAAUCAUCAAAGUAAUUUGAAACAAACACUUCACUUAAGUGCUACGUGUAACCUAAUUUAAAUUAAUAGAUUGAGAUUCAAAAUCAAAUCAAUUUGAAAAUAAGCUUUAUUUGAAUGUUGAUUUAAAUCAAUAAAUUAGAAUCGUUGAUUCAUGUUAGUGUGAAAAUAACGAUUCCUAUCCUUCAAUGCCCAUCUUUAAUUUAUAUGCUGUGCAUGUAAAUAUAAACGUAAGUGGGUAGUUUAUUUUAAAUGUUAGAAACGCUUUUUAAUGUUACUCUUAUCCAAAAAUUUGCAUUUAUUUGAAAACAAAAACAAAAAUUAGUCGUUUUUAAAUAAAUGAAAAGGUUCCUGUCUCGUUAAUAUUUAUAUUUUGGUUAAAACAAAUUAAGAAUUUAUUACUUCCGUUUUAUGAAUGAAAAUGUUAUCAUCAUAUUCAAAGUUUGUUGUAUGUACAUACAGCAUGCACAAUUUAACUUACUCAAACAGGUUGAGAUGAGGAACAGCGAGCAUUUGUUCAUAAAGGUGCUGUUUUCUUAAUCUGUACAAUGUGUGACGCAACAAAAGAAGCAGGAAAAAAAGAACUUUCUAGAAUCACCUGCAACUUUCUUAUCUACUUUUCUAGGAAAGAACUAUUGUAUAUUUUUGUGUAUUGUGUAUUAUCGUUGAGACAUGACAAAGUAAGUCGACCACUUUAGUAAUGCGAAUGCUGUGUUUUUUAUGAAUAAAUGGCAGUAUUGAACUUUGUGCAUUUUGAGCUGUAUUUGUACGAGAUUGUAUAAAUUUAAGAAUUUGUAUGACCUUUUGUAUGAUGAACGAUAUAUAUAAUGAGCUAUUUGAUGUAAAAAAGUGUGGUUGAAUUUUCUUUUGCGUGUAUUACUAGUUGUUCAGACAAAACAAAAACAUUUUAACCAACUGAUUUUAUCAAAACUUAAGUUGAUUUUAUUUAUUUAUAAUUUUCAGAAAAUUCUUAAAAUUAUACAAAUUUUUAAACAUAAAACAAAAUAUUUUUAGGUGCAUUUUUCUAAAGCAAAACUCUUAUUACAAAUAAUUAAUUAGAAAUGAAAAUUAUAUUUCAUUAAUUAGGUUUUGCAAUAAAGCCUGAUUCGUAUAAGUUUGAAGUGUUGUCAUAAAAAUUUUAUUUUACUUGUAUAAUUUUUGAAGUUAUUUGUAUGUCAUAUUUUUUAUUUGUUCAUUCGUAACUUUUGUUUUUGUAUUAUAAAAUUAUUAUGUACAGUGAACAGCCAUGGCGUUGGCAUAAUAAAAAAAUAAAUAAAAAACA